GGUCACCACGGGGGUGGCACUUUUGGUUUUAGCCGACUUACCUGAUAGAAUUGGGAGUUUUAAAGUAAAACUGAUCUGGAAGCCUGAAAAAACCAGCAGCACAUUGUUCGUUUCCAGAUUGAAUCGCUCCUAGCUGACCCCUCACAUCUCUGAUGAUAUGUACAGAAAGCAAGAGCAGCCCAUGCCGUCCGGCCAUGCACCAGGUCUCAGUCUGUGUGUCUGGUUCAGGUGACCAUGGUGUUCAGCUCAGUCCCUCCUGCCUCCUGUGUAGGCCACUGAGAUCUCCCAAGUCUAAGCCGGAGGAAGUUCUGCUGUGUCAGGGCGUCACGAUGGCCACGUGAGGCCGUGUCUGUGAGGAGCAUCUGCCAGUGGUGGAGGCCAUGCUCUUUGUUGUGAAUCUCGGCUUACUGCAGCCUGCUCCUCCCGGACUCAGGGCUUUGUCGUUCGCGGGGGUCACAGCUCUCAUGGCUGCAGCUAGCGUGACCCCCCCUGGCUCCCUGGAGUUGCUACAGCCCGGCUUCUCUAAGACCCUCCUGGGGACCAAGCUGGAAGCCAAGUACCUGUGCUCCGCCUGCAGAAACGUCCUCCGCAGGCCCUUCCAGGCGCAGUGUGGCCACCGGUACUGCUCCUUCUGCCUGGCCAGCAUCCUCAGCUCUGGGCCUCAGAACUGUGCUGCCUGUGUUCACGAGGGCAUAUAUGAAGAAGGCAUUUCUAUUUUAGAAAGCAGUUCGGCCUUCCCAGAUAAUGCUGCCCGCAGGGAGGUGGAGAGCCUGCCGGCCGUCUGUCCCAGUGAUGGGUGCACCUGGAAGGGGACCCUGAAAGAAUACGAGAGCUGCCACGAAGGCCGCUGCCCACUCAUGCUGACCGAAUGUCCUGCAUGCAAAGGCCUGGUCCGCCUUGGUGAAAAGGAGCGCCACCUGGAGCAUGAGUGCCCGGAGAGAAGCCUGAGCUGCCGGCAUUGCCGGGCGCCCUGCUGCGGAGCGGAUGUGAAGGCGCACCACGAGGUCUGCCCCAAGUUCCCCUUGACUUGUGACGGCUGCGGCAAGAAGAAGAUCCCCCGGGAGAAGUUCCAGGACCACAUCAAGACUUGUGGCAAGUGUCGAGUCCCUUGCAGAUUCCACGCCAUCGGCUGCCUUGAGACGGUAGAGGGUGAGAAACAGCAGGAGCACGAGGCGCAGUGGCUGCGGGAGCACCUGGCCAUGCUGCUGAGCUCAGUGCUGGAGGCAAAGCCCCUCUCGGGAGACCAGAGCCACGUGGGGUCAGAGCUCCUGCAGAGGUGCGAAAGCCUGGAGAAGAAGACGGCCACUUUUGAGAACAUUGUCUGUGUCCUGAACCGGGAGGUGGAGAGGGUGGCCAUGACUGCCGAGGCCUGCAGCCGGCAGCACCGGCUGGACCAAGACAAGAUUGAAGCCCUGAGUAACAAGGUGCAGCAGCUGGAGAGGAGCAUUGGCCUCAAGGACCUGGCGAUGGCCGACCUGGAGCAGAAGGUCUUGGAGAUGGAGGCAUCCACCUACGAUGGAGUCUUCAUCUGGAAGAUCUCAGACUUCGCCAGGAAGCGCCAGGAAGCUGUGGCCGGCCGCACACCCGCCAUCUUCUCCCCAGCCUUCUACACCAGCAGGUACGGCUACAAGAUGUGUCUGCGUAUCUACCUGAACGGCGACGGCACCGGGCGAGGAACACACCUGUCCCUCUUCUUUGUGGUGAUGAAGGGCCCGAAUGACGCCCUGCUGCGGUGGCCCUUCAACCAGAAGGUGACCUUAAUGCUGCUCGACCAGAAUAACCGGGAGCACGUGAUUGACGCCUUCAGGCCCGACGUGACCUCGUCCUCUUUUCAGAGGCCAGUCAACGACAUGAACAUCGCAAGCGGCUGCCCCCUCUUCUGCCCCGUCUCCAAGAUGGAGGCCAAGAAUUCCUACGUGCGGGACGAUGCCAUCUUCAUCAAGGCCAUUGUGGACCUGACAGGGCUCUAACUGCCCCCUACUGGUGUCUGGGGAUUAGGGGCAGCCAGGCACAGCCGGCUCACUGAGGGGCCACCACACUGGGCCAGGGCCUCACUGUACAAGUGGGCAGGGGCCGCGCUUGGGCGCUUGGGAGGGUGUCGGCCUGCAGCCAAGUUCACUGUCACGGGGGAAGGAGCCACCAGCCAGUCCUCAGAUUUCAGAGACUGUGUGGAGGGGCCUAGGAGACGGGCUUAGCCCAGGGCUGUGGUGGGAUUGGCCGAGGGUCUUCAGGUGCUUCCCAGCACAAGCUGCCCUUGCUGUCCUGUGCAGUGAAGGGAGAGGCCGUGGGUGGGGACACUCGGAGUGGGAGCAUAUCCCAGCAGUGCCCACAUAGCAGGAGCCCAGUGGAUGUCCCUCGGGCAUGACAGGCAGGAAGGAGGGCUGCUCCAGGAGAAGGGCCUCCUGCUGGCCAGAGCAAGGAAGGCUGAGUAGCUUGGUUCUCCCCUCUGGCCCCUGGAGAGAAGGGAGCAUUCCUAGACCUCUGGGUGCCUGUCUGCACAGAGCUCUGGUCUGUGCCACCUUGGCCAGGCUGGCUGUGGGAGAGGGUCUGAUCCCGUGCUGCCUCUGCUCAGACCACUGUGUGGGGGGUGCACAGCACAGCCUGCGGGUGAGGUGUGAGAGCUUGCCAUCCAGCUCACGAGACAGCUAUUAAACCAUUCAAAUCUUUGUGGUC